UCCAAAGAUGUAAUACCUAUGUGUCCUCGGUAGCUUUGUUUUGUCGAAUGUUUUUAUUUAUCUUAGCUUAGUUGCAGAAAACAAGUUGAGUAUUUGACAAUGGAUGCAUGUAAUGCGGUUGAAAGAGAAGUUGACAAAGUAUUAUCGAAGUUUGGAGGAAUCAGUGAGCAUGCUGAUCGUGUUUUGAGAGAAAUAACAGACAACUUAGAAGACCUAAAGAAAGAGUUUGCUGAAGGACCCGUAGAUUAUGAAUUGACAACUGCGCAAAUUGUCAUUCUAAAGCAAACUCUGGAUAAAGUCCGAGAAACAGUUCAGCGACUGGCUUCGGAUCACCGCGAUCUGCACAGCACCGUCUCGAAAGUAGGGAAAGCAAUUGACAGAAACUUUGUUUCUGAUUUUGCUUCAACAAGCAGAGAUGAUGUGUUUAGCGGAUCGGAUAAAGUGCAGUUGUUAAAUCAAGUAAUUUGUCAGCAUUUCUAUCGACAAGGAAUGCUAGACAUUGCUGAAGAGCUGGCUAAGGAAGCUGGCUUAAAAGCUGAAGAUGGAGGCAAAGAACCAUUUUCAGAAUUGAACAGAAUAUUAGAUUCUUUAAAAGGUCAGGAUCUUCAACCUGCUUUAGAAUGGGCCCAAGCGCAUAGAGAAAGUUUGGAUGCACAGAAUUCAUCAUUGGAAUUCAAGUUACAUCGCCUCCGGUUUAUUGAUUUAAUCCAGAGGGGUCCAGGUGGACAGAAAGAUGCUAUACGAUAUGCAAGAACUCAUUUCCAACAAUUUGUAAAUCGACAUGAAAAAGAAAUCCAAAGCUUAAUGGGAAUGCUUCUGUAUCUGCCUCAUGGUAUUGAUAAAUCUCCAUAUAGCCAUCUGUUAGACCCAAAUAUGUGGGUCGAAAUAGCAGAUGUUUUCACAAGAGAUGCGUGUUCCCUGCUUGGUUUAAGUGUUGAUAGCCCUUUGACAGUAUGUGUGAAUGCUGGAUGUACAGCACUGCCAGCUCUACUCAACAUAAAGCAAGUUAUGCAGCAGAGACAGGUCACUGGGAUUUGGAAUGGAAAAGAUGAAUUACCUAUAGAGAUAGACUUGGGGCAAGAGAGUCGAUACCAUUCUGUGUUUGCAUGCCCUAUCCUAAGGCAACAGAGUACAGAAUCAAAUCCACCAAUGAGACUGAUAUGUGGACAUGUUAUUUCUCGUGAUGCCCUCAACAAGCUCAGCAAUGGAAACAAAUUGAAGUGUCCAUACUGUCCAGUGGAGCAGAAUCCGUCUGAUGCUCGACUUAUAUACUUUUAGAUAUUUUUGUGUGCAGUGCAUUGCAGCUGCAGAGUUUUGUAUCCCUUCUGAAGUGCAGUGCUGUUCAGAACAGCUUUGUAUUUUAUCAAGACAAAAAUAAGAACAAGUAACUGAUAUGUUCAAAUGUAGAUUUUAUAUUUUAACGCUGCACUGAUUAUUGUUUCUGAAAAUGUGAAUGUAGUGUAUGUAUAAUGUAAAUAAUAGAAAUGCAUAUAAUUUAUAUUUGUCCAAACAUUAGUGUUGUGCAAUUGUGAAACCAAGCUAUCAUUGGACUUGGCAGUACCUCUUACUUCCUGUGAUAUGGAAUGUCAUAGUGUGAAAGGAAAUAAGCAAAAAAAAGGGAAAAAUAUAAAAAAAAAUUGUGUGAAAAGAUUGAUUUACUGAAC